AUGGAAAAUAAUACAAAUUAUGGAUCAUCAUCAUCAGCAACAUUAGCGUCACCAUCAUCAGAUUUCAUAUCUUGGUUACCGUCAUCAUCAUCAUCAUCAUCAUCAUCACCGCAACCAUCAUCACCAUCACUGUGGUGUGAUGAAGUGAUGGAAACUGAUGAGGAGAGUUUGUGCUAUACUCCUGACAGUGAUGAUCAUAUCGGGAGUAUGUUCAAUGGUCAUCAACAGUUGCCAUCACCAACCUAUGAUGAUGAUGAAGCGAUUAUGUUGGAUAAUAACAAUUUUGAUUAUGCACCUGAUGAUGAUGAGCUGAUCAGGUGGAUAUAUAAUGAGAAUGUACCCCAUGAUAAUAACCUGAUGAUUAAUUUCCCACCUGUAACAACCUCAACGCCCUUAACAUUUGGGGGGAAACCAGCAUCAUUUCUUUGGAGUACUAAACCUCAACUUUGGUCAUCAUCAUCAUCAUCAUCAUCCUCAUUGUCAUCACCAUCACCAUUGCCAUCAACAUCAUCGUCAUCACCAGGCUCUAUAUCCAACCCAUUAUCAUUACAACAACCAACAGUAUCAUCAUCAUCAUCAUCAUCAUCCGAUUCCAUGAAUUAUUUCCAGCAACAAUUCGUUAUUGCAGAGCAGCAGCGCGAGCUGCAAAGAUUGAAUGAUUAUAAUAGGCAGCUACAGGAUCAGUUGGAAGAAUAUCAUCAACAGAAUCUCCAACAGAAAAUGUCGAUAAUGUUGCUGAAUCAGCAGGUGCUGCAGUUGAUAAGUGAAAAUGGACAAUACUUCAAUCUACUGCAGCCUCAAAUUUAA